UAAAAGGUCGUCAACGUCAAACUCAUGCUGCCUGAAAAACUAAAACAACAGCUACAAACAGCUUAAUUAGCCGAACUGUACCACUUUAGAACCGGCGCACACGCCGUUAGGAACAUUGUGUUUUUCCCGCGUCGUUAUUUUUGUUGGUUUCAGAUUAAACAUGUCUGGAAAGGCGAAAGAAAUCCUAAAGAUGGACCUGUAUGGGUUGCUGGGUAUUGAGAGCUCAGCUACAACGAAACAGAUUAAGAAAGCCUACAGACAAAAGGCCCUGACGUGCCAUCCGGACAAGAAUCCAGACAACCCCAAAGCAGCGGAGCUCUUCCAUCAGUUGUCCCAGGCUCUUGAAGUUCUCACUGAUGCUGCAGCCAAGGCCGCCUAUGACAAGAUUUGUGCUGCCAAGAAACGAGCUGAAGAACGAGACAAGAAAUUAGACGAUAAGAGGAAGAAAAUUAAACUCGACUUGGAGGCCAGAGAACGACGAGCAGAGGCUCAGAGCCAGGAGGAGGUGCAAAACACAAGAACACUCGAAGAAGAGAUCGCCCGCUUGAGGGAGGAGGGAUCCAGACAGCUUGAAGAAGAGCAGAGGCUCAUCAGAGAGCAGAUCCAGAGAGAAAGGGAGGCACAGCAUCCGUCAGGAGACUACACUCAGAGAGGAGGGGAGAGAUACUACCAGAGCAACGUAACCCCCAAACUGAAGUUGAAAUGGAAAUGCAUGAAAGACGACGAGAUGAACGGAGGUUAUUCUCAAGAAGUUCUACUUAAACUACUUCAUAAGUACGGGGAUGUUUUAAAUGUGAUCGUAUCGAGCAAGAAGAAAGGAAGUGCUGUUGUGGAGUUUGCGUCUGUGAGAGCAGCUGAACUGGCUGUUAAGAAUGAGAGCGGCCUCAGUGGUAACCCCUUGAAGAUUACAUGGCUGGAAGGACAACCUGAAGUUGUUGCUGCACCACCCGGCCAGUUUAUGUCUUCAGAGGGUUCUCUUUCGAAGGAGCGCGACUAUGAGACGAUAGUGAUGAUGAGGAUGAGGCAGGCCGCCGAGCGUCAGAGGCUCAUCGAGCAGAUGCAGAGAGAGGACGACGACGAGGAGGCUGCAAAGUCAUAGCACCAGACUGACUGUUUUAAGCUUUAGUUUCAUAAGGCAUCUUGUCUUUUUGGUAUUGUUUUAAUGUAAACAUGCGGUGUGCAAAAUGAACCCUUUUUAAUAAAAUAACAAAGCAGUGUUUUCAUUUAU